CCGGAGUAAGUGCGGCGGCGGCGGAGGCGGGAGCAUGGUCCAGGCCCGGUGGAGUCGGGGGCCCGGGCGGGUACGCCCCGCCGCCUAGUAAGGGCCCGGGCGGCGCGGCCCGGGACGAACCAGCCACGCCAAGCCCGAGGAGAACGGGGCCAAGGGAGGGAGCUCAUGAAUAUUCACACCCGCUGGAGCGUGAGGGAGCCAGCCAGAAUACUGCUGGGUGUCAUUGGAGCGUUCCUGUUUCCCAGUGACCGCAGAGGCAGCCUGAGAGUCAGACGUGGCUCAUACAGGGAGAGGAAAGGGGCAACCAGCUACGGCCCGAGUUGUCUGAGAUGCCGCUGCCGCAGAAGAAGCGCUGGGUGUCCAUGGCCAAGGGGCUGGUGCUAGGAGCACUCUUCACUAGCUUCCUGCUGCUGCUGUACUCCUAUGCUGUCCCCCCGCUGCACGCUGGCCUGGCCUCCACCAGGACCCCAGAGGGCACAGCACCCUGCUCCCCGGCCCCGGGUGAGCCAGAGGUGCCCACCCUCGCCAACGGUUCUGCAGGAGGGUGCCAGCCUCGGCGCCACAUCGUGUUCAUGAAGACGCACAAGACGGCCAGCAGCACGCUGCUCAACAUCCUGUUCCGCUUUGGCCAGAAGCACGGACUCAAGUUUGCCUUCCCCAACGGCCGCAACGACUUCGACUACCCGGCUUUCUUCGCCCGCAGCCUGGUGCAGGACUACCGGCCCGGGGCCUGCUUCAACAUCAUCUGCAACCACAUGCGCUUCCACUACGACGAGGUCCGGGGCCUGGUGCCCCCCAACGCCACCUUCAUAACUGUGCUCCGUGACCCAGCCCGCCUCUUCGAGUCCUCCUUCCACUACUUCGGCUCAGUCGUGCCCUUCACGUGGAAGCUCUCGGGCCACGACAAGCUGGCCGAGUUCCUGCAGGACCCAGACCGCUACUAUGACCCCAACGGCUACAACGCCCACUACCUCCGCAACCUGCUCUUCUUCGACCUGGGCUACGACAGUGGCCUGGACCCGGGCAACCCGCAGGUGCAGGAGCACAUCCUGGAGGUGGAGCGCCGCUUCCACCUGGUGCUCCUGCAGGAGUACUUCGAUGAGUCCCUGGUGCUGCUCAAGGACCUGCUGUGCUGGGAGCUGGAGGACGUGCUCUACUUCAAGCUCAAUGCCCGCCGCGCCUCAGCCGUGCCGCGCCUCUCCGGGGAGCUGUACCAGCGCGCCACGGCCUGGAAUGUGCUGGACGCCCGCCUCUACCGCCACUUCAACGCCAGCUUCUGGCGCAAGGUGGAGGCGUUCGGGAGGGAGCGCAUGGCCCGCGAGGUGGCCGCCCUGCGGCGCGCCAACGAGCGCAUGCGGCACAUCUGUAUCGACGGGGGCCGAGCCGUGGAUGCCGCCGCCAUCCAGGACUCGGCCAUGCAACCCUGGCAGCCGCUGGGCGCCAAGUCCAUCCUGGGCUACAACCUCAAGAAGAGCAUCGGGCAGCGGCACGCGGAGCUUUGCCGUCGCAUGCUCACGCCUGAGAUCCAGUACCUGAUGGACCUCGGUGUCAACCUGUGGGUCACUAAGCUCUGGAAGCUCAUCCGGGACUUUCUCAAGUGGUGACAUCCGGCCCACCGGCAGCCCCCUCUGCCCGCUGCAUCGCUGAGGAGGGGCCGGGCAGGGGCCUGCUGGCCUCCCCUAUGCCCUCCUGGUGCCACCCCGGCUCUGGGGGUAAGGUGGGGCUGCUGCAGGGGCGCAGCCAGCCAGGACUGGGCCCAGGCACACAGGGCCUGAGAUCAGUAUUUGACUAGUUAUAGCUUUUUUAAAAGUUAAAUCUCCUCCCCUCCAAAAACGAAUGUUCUGUUUCCUGCCUCCUCUUAAAGGGGAGACUUGAGAAGUAAAAGAAUUUGAUGUUGUGUUUUUUGUUAAUCAGCCUCAGUGGUGCUGACUGAUGGGGCCCUGGGUGGGAGGUGACUGAGGAUGGGGGGACCCGCAAGAGAGCAUGGCGGGUACCUGAGAGUGUCUGUGGGACAGAGCCCAUUUGACGUGACGGGGUUUGAUGUGCACCUGUUACAUGCUGAAGUCCUGAGUGGUUGAAGGACUCCCAUGAUUUACCAAGACCUGGAAGAGCGUGUGUGUGUGUGAUCAUCCUGGGACUAUUCCAGUCACUUACUCCAACUGAACAUUGGUUAUGUGCCCAGCGUUGGGCUAAGUGGGUUGGUUAUCUCAGUUCAUCUUCGUCAAAACUUAGCAACGUGGGAACUGUUAUUUUCUCAUGCCAGAGAUGAGGAAGGGAGCUCAGAGAGAGAAAGUCGUUUGGCCAACAUCACACAGCAAGUAAGUGGUAGGACUGGAACAGAGGCCGGGAAGGGUGGUGUGUGCAGCCAGAUUUGAGACCGUCCAAGUGGUGUGUGUGUGUGUGUGUGUGUGUGUGUGUGACAGGGAGUACUUGGUGUAGCGCUGAGCAGCAAGCCCCGGGCCCAGGCUGAGUUCCUUGUGUAAUCUCAUUAAUCCUCACAAUCACCCUUUGCAGUAGGCACAGUUACCAUCCCAUGUUAAAGAUGUGGGAAUUGACAUUCUGUGUGACAGCAAAAGGGACUUUCCCGAGAUCUUGCAGGUACACAUUAGACCCAAAACUAAACCUUCUUCUCCCUGGGACCCCAGAUGCCUUGCCUCAAUGCCUGUGCACCCUGUCCCUGUUUACCCCAUCUCUCCACUGACCACUCCAGGCUGCCUCACCAUCUGCUUGUACUCCACCCUGCCCAGGCUCUGGGUUUCCCCCUUCCACCCUGGGGUUCAGUUUAAUUAAUCCAAAAAAAUUUGGCAUUUAUCAGAUAGCUGAUGUGCCCCCCAGCCCUGAGCUGGCCCUGAGCAUACAACAGUCAGCAAGUUGAUCCCUGCCCUCCUGGAGCUCAGGUCCAGAGACAAAGAUAGAGGCCAAGCAAUCAAGUCACAUUGAGUAUGACCAACCAAGGUGGGGAUGCGUCAGUUCUAACCAUCUGUUUCCCUCGGCCUCCCCAGGGGGACAACAGCCCUUUCUGGGGCACGGGACUCUUAGAUCUCUAACUAAGAGCCAGCAGCCAGACACAAAAGGCAGAAACCACAGCCAAGUGACUUUAUUGGAGACCUGUCUGUACCAGGCUCCAAACCACAUGCUUGCACACCUUAUCUGAAUAUCUACAACAUCCCAGCUUUAUAAACCAAAGCUCAGAGAGGUUAAGUGACCUACCCAAGGCCACACAUCUAAUUAGUGCCAGUACCACAUUUCAAAGCCAGAUUAGUCAGCUCUUAUCUUAAGCCCUCCCUGAGUUUGAGUCCCUGUUUCUCCUGGGAGCAAGUUUCUGGCCCAAACAGGCUGGGAAGAAGUUAGGGUGACCAGCUGUCUCAAUUUCCUCGGACUGUCCCAGUUUUUGCACCAAAAGGUCUCACAUCCCGGGAAACUCCUCAGUCCUGGGCAACCAGGAUGGUUGCUCAGCCUGGAACAGUUUUGACCCCACCAGCCCCCAGGAGCUACUGUCUAUACCUUCUUAAAGUUUCUUUGCAGCAAGCAAUAAGCACAUCUUUGAGGGCUUUAAAUCAUAUGGAGAAAACUAAGCAGAAGAAGAAAGAGAAAGAAAGAAAGAAAGAAAGAAAGAAAGAAAGAAAGAAAGAGUAAGUUAUUAUUGACUCCAAAUUCAUGAGAUAAUCCCCCUCCCUUUUUAGUAAUCAAAAAGAGAUGUGACUUAGUGCAAUAUGAUAGUAUCUUGGGUUUGUGGAACCCCAUAAUUUUAUUUCAUUGGAUCUUUAGGGGCCUAAAACUGCCAAUAAUAAUAUUAUAUGUCAUCAAAUUAUUUAUUAUUAAUACUGGCACUUCUAAGCCCUGAGGGAUCCAAGGAGAAUAAAUCUGGCAAAUAAUAGAUGCCAAGAAUAUAAAUUGUCCCAUUAGCAUUUACUAUCUGCCUGAUUUGUUUUACGAACAUUAUAGUUAUUAACUCAUUUAUUAACAUAAUUAAUAUUUAACAAUACGUAGUUGCGUGGUACUGAACAAGCACUCUGCACCAUACAGGAACAUGGACAAUUCCCUUUGCUCUCCUGAGGAGGCAGCCAAGACUCAGAGAAGCUGAGUAACAAGCCCUACGGUCACUCAGCCAGGCAGCCAUAGAGGCAGGAUGCAAACCCAGGUCUGUCAGACACCAAGGCUGGUGUUUGCACGCUCCAGACCUUCAGUGCCAUUCCAGCCGGCCAUCUCAGCCUCAGGACCGAGGUUUUUUCCAUGGUUGAAAAUGUAUGAGGUCUCCGAGGGGCUCUGCGGCUCGUAGCUCGCAGGAACCAGCCUGCUCUAGCCACACCUGGCAGCAGAGGGCGCCACGGUGCCAAAUUUGGUCUCAGCCUGUCAAGACAUUCCCAGCAGUGGGGGCUGAGGGCACCCACAGUUAGGGCUGAGCCUACAAGCGAAAGCCAGGGUGAGGGUCAUGCUGUUCCCUGGGAGAAAUUCAGUGGAACUCCCUGUUCCUCUCUGUUAUAGGAUGAAUUGUAUCCCCUAAAAAGAUAUGUUGAAGUCCUAACCCCCAGUUCUCUAUGACUGAUCUUAUUUGGAAAUAAGGUCUUUGUACAUGUAAUCAAGUUAAGAUGAAGUCAUUAGGGUGGGGGCUAAUCCAAUAUGGCCAUAGCUGGUGUCCUUAAAAGAAGUGGCAAUGUCAUGUGAAGAUACCACAGGGACAGUGCCACGUGAAGACAGGCAGAGAUUGGCAUGAUGCAGUUAUAAGCCAAAGGCUGAUGGUGACCUCCAGAAGCUAAGAAGAGGCAAUGAAGGAUUCUACCCAGAGUCUCAGAGGGAACAAGGCCCUGCUGACACUUUGAUUUUGGACUUCCAGCCUGCAGAACUGUGCAAGAAUAAAUUUCUGUUGUUCUAAGCCA